GGCCAAUGCGCGGGAAAAUAUUGAUAUCGCAAGGAUCACGUGCUACCGGGACAGGUUCAGUCUGUCCCGGAGAUCAUGCAAUCACGAUUAACGGAUUGAAAAUCAAUAGAAAGCUGCAAUGGUCUGACUUUACACUUGGAAAUUUUUGACGGGUACUGAGUAAUCGACGUGUCACUUCGACCGAUUAUUCCGUUCAAAGACGAUUCGCCGUGACUCGGAAACCCUCCGUCUCGUUAGCCAUAUAACGCUGGCGUUGUCGUCGUCAUUUUUCCAUAUCGAAUAACCUGCUGGAGUCGAUGAUGAUCGCAAAGUUCUUGGGCACUCGAUGCCCGAACUCCCGGCGUCUUUCUUGCACGCCGACGUUGCAAGCCGUCCGUCGGAUGAGCGUCCGACCCGCAAAGCAUCCUCCGGCCGCGACCUCCCCACCCUUGACGCCACACGCGAAAACGACCAUCGCACGUCUACUCUCUCUCCGGGCAUCCAAGACGCCGAUCACGGCGUUGACGGCCUACGAUUACCCAACAGCACUCGCUUGCUCCGCCCAUCCGGUCGAUAUCACCCUUGUCGGAGAUUCUCUCGCCCAAGUAUGCCUCGGGUACCCAUCCACGACACGCCUCUCCCUCGACGAGAUGCUCCACCACUGCCGUGCCGUCGCACGAGGCACAACCUCUCCGCUUCUCAUCGCUGAUAUGCCAUUCGGGACAUAUGCACCCUCCGUGAGCGACGCUAUCAGAUCUGCCAUUAGAAUGGUACAUGAAGGACAUGUGGAGGGUGUAAAACUCGAGGGUGGGGGAGAGGUUGCGGAGCACGUGCGAGCACUCACAAAAACCGGCAUACCCGUCAUGGCACAUAUUGGUCUCCUCCCGCAGCGGUAUGUAUCGCUGUCGGGAUACAGAGUCCAGGGGCGUACCGCGGAGUCGGCCUCGACGCUUCUUCGCGCUGCACGCGCACUAGAGGAUGCAGGUGCAUUUUCUAUCGUGUUGGAAGCAAUACCUGCUGUGUUGGGUGCUUACAUUACGGAGCAACUGAACAUACCAACGAUAGGGGUCGGUGCGGGCCCCGGGACCAGUGGACAGGUCCUAGUGUGGGACGAUAUGGUUGGGACAUGGAGUGGCCAUAAACCAAGGUUUGUUCGACAUUUCGCAGACGUGCGCAAGGAGGUUGCCCGAGGGGUCAGCGGGUAUGUGAACGCUGUGAAGAACGGGUCAUUCCCGGAUCCCGAUCGAGAAGGAUACUCGAUGGAUCACGGUGAAUGGGAAAUUUUCCUUGCAGCGGAGGGAAGGCCGAGUUGGACGUGGACGUCAGCGCCACGAAAUGCUCCCACAGGAGACGCCGUUCCAGAGAACUAAAGACGCGCGGCUGUCUAAAACUCGUAUCCCCCCCGAGCAGGAUGUCGGGAUCGCACCCGAGACUUCGGGCCAGAAACAUGUAUGAGUGCACAGGUCGUCCUCGUAAAAUCUGGGUUUAUGGGUAGGAUGUAUUUAUGUACAUUGUAGUGUAUAACAACGCACUUGAACAAGCGGUCCGGUACGGUCCGGCAAGCUAG